GAGCCGAGUGGAAAAAACACAGCAGUCUGCGCUGGUUCCACAGCAGCACACGUCCUCUGGCUUGUUGUGGUUCUCCGGUCGGGUUUGUUGGUGGUCUCCGGUCGGGUUUGUUGUGGUCUCCGGUCGGACCCAGUCCAGGUGAGCACCGGGGAUCGAUGACGGUGAGCGGCCCGGGGCACGCGCACGGUAUCUAUAUCCUGGGCGGUGCGGGCGGAAGGCCGAGAGGGCACGAGCUCCGCCACUUCCUGCUUCUCCACAGACAUGGCGGUGACCCCUCGGCGUGUGCGCCUGAAGCCCUGGCUGGUGGCGCAGGUGGACAGCGGCCGAUACCCGGGGCUGGGCUGGCUGGACCGGGAGGCCAUGCGCUUCAGGAUCCCCUGGAAACACGCCACCCGGCACACACCCCAGCAUGAGGACGAGGACACCAUCUUCAAGGCGUGGGCCGUGGAGACCGGGAAGUUCCAGGAGGGAGUGGACGAACCUGAUCCUGCGAAGUGGAAAGCCCAGCUGCGAUGUGCGCUGAACAAAAGCCGAGAAUUCAACCUCUUCUACGACGGCACCAAAGAGGUUCCCAUGAAUCCCCUGAAGAUCUAUGACGUCUGCGACAUCCCACAGCCGCUCAGCAACCAAGGCUCCUCAGACGCUGGCUCCUGGACUCCACAUGACGAGGAUGGUGGUGAGGAAGAUACUCCAGAUACGCCGGAAUCUCUCCCUCCAUACCCGUCCAAUGGCCCCAGCCCGUCUCCCCUCAUCAUGUGGUCUCCUAAGGACCCGGACUCGCCCAUGCAGUCUAUGAGUGAUUCCCACGAAGGCUGGCCCAAAGAGGAGCCGGUGAAAAUGUGGCCUAAAGAGGAGCCUGUGGAUGUGGAGAUGCAACCCACCCCCCUGGCAGACAUGCCCCCCGCUCCUCUGCCUGGUCCCAUCCUGCAUCCCUCUCCUCUAACCGAGGCCUUGUUCGCCUCCCCAGAGACUUGGAUUAGUUCCCUCCCGAUGACAGACCUGGAGGUCCAGUUUCUGUACCGAGGGAAGGAGAUGUGUCCCACGCUGAACAUCAGUAACCCCCAAGGCUGCAGGCUGUUCUACGGAGACCUCGGCCCCAUGGUCAACCAGGAGGAGCUGUUCGGGCCCGUGAACCUGGAGCAGCUCCGCUUCCCGACCACAGAGCACAUCACCAACGACAAGCAGAGGAUCUUCAGUAACCGCCUGCUGGACGUGAUGGACAGGGGUCUCAUCCUGGAGGUCAGCGGCCACGACAUCUACGCAGUGCGACUCUGCCAGUGCAAGGUGUACUGGUCCGGACCCUGUGCUCCGAAUCCAACUGCACCGAAUCUUAUAGAGCGGCAGAGGAGGGUCAAACUGUUCUGCCUGGAGUCUUUCCUCAGCGGUGUGAUAGCUCAGCAGCGUGGCCAGACACCAGGCCCCCCUCAGUUUGAAAUCAACCUCUGUUUCGGGGAGGAGUGGCCCGAUGGAAGACCCAAAGAGAGGAAGCUCAUCAUGGUGCAGGUAAUCCCAGUGGUGGCCCGCAUGAUAAGCGAGAUGUUCUCAGGGGACAACACACGCUCCUUUGACAGCGGCAGCGUUCGCCUGCAGAUCUCCAUCCCAGACAUCAAAGACAACAUAGUGACCCACCUGAAGCAGCUGUACUGUCUGCUGCAGACCCACCAGGGUCAGGAUGGCUGGGGCUUGCCCCCUGGGUCUGGUCUGAAUAUCACCCAGGCCCUGCAGGCACAGUGAAACAGCAAACACUGUCUUUAUAUAUAUAUAUAUAAAAAAAUAUAUAUCUUGUUCAUUCAAACUGCUACUAAGAAUUCCUAUUGGUGGCAAAGAAGUACUUAUUUGUGAUCUUAUUUAGACGUAUGCAUUUGCUUUUCAGCUUUUCUAUUGUGUGACUGUGCGGCUUCAAAGCUUCUCUGUACAUAAAGGCCUGUGGUAUCCUGCGCUGUGUGUGUGUGCAGGAAGCGUGGACAGAUGUGGUGACUGCACGGGCCAAAGUCCUGCUCGUCGCAAGGGAACCUUUAACACAGUUAAUGAGUUACAGAAAUUGCCCUGUGCCAUAUUUAUCCAAAACAGGAGAGUGAUACUCUCCAGGGGUGUUUCAUGUCAUUCAAGAAAGGGGGCAGAAAGCCACUAUUUUGACCUUUCUAUAUAUUUGAAUCAACGCAUGUAUCAAGGGAUUUGCGUGUUUUGGAGAAAUAUAGGUAAAUGUAAAUGAAUUAUUCCAGGGGUUUCCAGCUGUUUUAGAUCCCAGUAUCCUGUGUGCACAAGGAAGUUUUAACAAAUGACAGAAAAAUUCUUCCUGGCAGUUUCUGUCUUGAGUCAUUUUAUUUUUCCAUUUAUAUUGUCGGAUAGUAGGUUAUUAAUAUCAUUGAUUUUUAAGAAAUUUACUGUAUCCUGGCAGCCACUUAACUGCACAACGUUCAGCAAUAGGAAUCUGUUUUAACAUGGAUGCCACUGCACUUUGAGGUGCUGAAUUCUGUUGUAUGGCUAGUUGAAUGUAAUGCAUUUAUCAUGUGAUUGUAGGUUUAUUUUAUCAAUAAAAAUGACAAAAUAUC